GCCAUACUUCAUACUGUUCACAUUAUUGAUUAUUGUUUAUUGAUUGCCCAGUAGUUGAUCAGAUUCACUGCAUGUUGUAUCUGUCGCCCCCUUGCGGAUCUGCGCUAAAUCACCUCCAGCAGCAGCAGCAGCGUUGAGAUACAGCGUUGACCGAGCAGAGCCGCUGCUGCGGGUCCAGUAUGAGGGUCUGCCGGCCUGCGGGUGGUCCCAAAAACCGAACCGACACCCAGCCGGACACCUCCGCUCAGCGUCUGCCGUGAUUAACGCCGUUUUAGCGCUUCAGAGACUCGGAUUAUAAACCCAGCAGCUUCUCCGCCUGUGUGUGUUUUAUUCACGAUGACGGGGGACACGAUCUGCAGCCUGCGCCGAGAUCCGGCUCAUCGCGACCCACACAGACCCCCGCACAGCCCCCCGCACAGCCCCCUGCAGAUCUCCGCCGACCCGCUGAAAGGAGGAGAAACCGAGAAGAAGGAGAAGAUCGAGAAGAUCGACCUUUACAACAACAACCCCCUCCAUCACCUCCUCCUCCCCUCACCCUGCAGACUGCAGCAGCGCCGCGGCGAUACUAACGGCAACACCACCCCCCACCACCACGACGACAACAAGACCACCGACACUCCGACCACGACCGAAUUCCCCGUCCACGAGUGUGUGUACAAGGGCGACGUACGGAGACUGUCUUCAUUAAUCCGCACUGAAAACAUCGCGCAGAAAGAUCUACACGGAAACACGCCCCUCCACCUGGCUGUGAUGUUGGGUCAUAAAGAGUGUGCUCAUCUGCUCCUGGCCCACAAUGCACCUGUGAAAGUGAAGAAUGCCCUUGGGUGGAGUCCCCUCGCCGAGGCCAUCAGCUACGGAGACAGACAGAUGAUCACGGCGUUACUGCGGAAGCUGAAACAGCAGUCCAGAGAAAACGUGGAGAACAAAAGGCCUCGGCUGCUCAAAGCACUGUGGGAGCUGGGCGACUUUUACCUGGAGCUGCACUGGGAUUUUCAGAGUUGGGUGCCUCUACUGUCUCGGAUUUUGCCAUCUGAUGCCUGCAAGAUCUACAAGCAGGGAAUGAAUAUCAGGUUAGACACCACACUAGUGGACUUCAGUGACAGAAAGUGCCAGAGAGGAGACCUCAGCUUUAUCUUUAACGGAGAAGCACCACGCGCCGAGGCCUUCACCGUUUUGGACAAUGAACAGAAAGUGUACCAGAGAAUUCACCACGAGGAUUCAGAGAUGGACACCGAGGAGGAGGUGGAUAUUCUGAUGGGCAGCGAUAUCUAUUCAGCCACUCUCUCCACCAAGUCCAUCUCCUUCUCCCGCAGUCAGAUCGGCUGGCUCUUCAGGGAGGAUAAGACGGAGAAAGUAGGGAACUUUGUGGGGGAUUUCUACACGGUGAAGGGUCUGGUUCUGGAGUCCAGGAAGAGGCGAGAGCAUCUGAGUGAGGAGGACAUCCUGCGCAACAAAGCCAUCAUGGAGAGUCUGAGCAAAGGAGGCAGUCUGUCGGAGCAAAGCUUUGAGCCUGUCCGAAGACAGUCGCUCUCUGCCCCUGAGCCCAACACACUGUCCUGGGAGGAGUAUAUCUCUGCAGAGGUGGGAAAGGCUCCUCCUCUGGGCCGAGAGCAGGUGUGUAAGGAGAACAGGAAAAACUUCAAGGCGACUGUAGCCAUGAGCCGAGACUUUCCACUGGGCAUCGAAUCCUUGCUGAAUGUAUUGGAGGUCAUUGCUCCCUUCAAGCACUUCAACAAACUCAGAGAAUUUGUUCAAAUGAAGCUUCCUCCGGGGUUUCCAGUCAAACUAGACAUCCCAGUGUUUCCGACCAUCACGGCCACAGUGACGUUUCAGGAGUUCCGCUACACUGAGUUUGAGGAGUCUGUCUUCACCAUCCCUGCAGAUUAUAAAGAAGACCCCAACCGAUUUCCUGAUCUUUAGCCUCGUGGAUCUACAAGCCUGUUCCACAGUUCAGACUUUUUGUUUUUGGGUGAGUGUCCAAGUGUGCCCCAUUUCUCAAACAUGCAGAAACAACACUAAAGCCCUAUCCAGAUGGGAUUAGUUUCUCAAUUUUUCUGGGAAAAAUAUUUCACACUUCUACUCAGUGAUAAAACUCUUGCAUCCAGAUUGGCUUUCUCGGUCACAUGACAUCGCGUUCAGUAGCUCCUCCAUUUCCACUCGCUGUUGUGUUUAUGUGGAUCUUCGUAGAUGGGGAUCCGGAUGGGAAUAAAAUUACUGGAGGACCAUGGAGUUCAGUGAAAAACAGUAGGAAAUUUAGCCUGUAAUUUUCUCAGAGGAUGUCUGAGAAAAACACGUACAUGGUCGUUCCAGACCGGAAUAAAAUCACAGAGGACCCUCAUAAAAGGAAAAAUUACCUCAGGACCCCCUGAGAAACUAAUCCCGCCCAGAUAGGGCUUGUAUGAAAUCCCAUUCUAAACCCACAGUCGUAAGUGUAUAGUCUGUCCCUCUUUCCAAUUCUAACAGCGGGUGUGGUACCAUUUCUCAACACUCAGACACCCUGCUCUGUGAUUUUACCUGGUGGGUCACUUUGUGGCUCAAUUGUUGUGGAUCCUAAAUGUUUCCACUUUACUAUUAUACUACUCACAGUUUAAGGUAGAAUAUCUAGGAGAAAUCUCACAACUUACACGAGUUUGGGUGUUGUUUCCAAGCUAUCCCCUGAGGUAAUGCCUCAUAAUGUAUUUUACCUGUUGAUAUCUUAUACCUUAGCACUGUUAAAAGCACGGACGUGAGACUUGUGCAACAUACAGGUGCAUCUCAGAAAAUUAGAAUGUCAUAUUAUAUAGAUGUAUUCAGGUUUUUAUUUCCUUUAUUGUUGAUAAUUAUGGCUUACAGCCAAUGAAAACCCAGAAGUCAAUAUCUUAGAAAAUUAGAAUAUUAUAUAAGAUCAAUUGGUGCUUUUAACAAUGUAGGCAGUGUGCCAAGUCCUGCUGGAAAAUAAAAUCUGCAUCUUCAUAAAAGUCAGCAGAGGGAAGCAUGAAGUGCUGUAAGUUUUUGCGGGCAAACACUGCACUGACUUUAGACUUGAUAAUAAAACACAGUGGAUCAACACCAGCAGAGAUGGAUAAACCAUCACUGAUUGGUGGAAACUUCACACUAGACCUCGAGCAGUUUGGACUGUGUGUCUCUCCACUCUUCCUCCAGACUCUGAUCCCUUGAUUUACAAAUGAAAUGUAAAAUUUACAUCUGCUGGUGUUGAUCCACUGUUUUAUUAUCAAGUCUAAAGUCAGUGCAGUAUUGUUUUCCCACAAUAUCUUAUAGCACUUCAUGCCUCCCUCUGCUGACAACUUUUAUGGAGAUGCGGAUUUCAUUUUCCAGCAGUACUUGGCACACUGCCAAAAGUACCAAUUGGUCUUAUAUAAUAUUCUAAGUUUCUGAGACACUGAUUUUUGGGUUUUCAUUGGCUAUAAGCCAUAAUCAUCAGCAAUAAAACAAUUAAACGCUUAAAAUAGAUCACUCUGUGUGUAAUAUAUCUAUAUAAUAUUUGAGUUUAACAUUUUUAACUGAAUUACUGAAACAAAGUAACUUUUCAGUGAUAUUCUAAUUUUUUUUAGAUGACCCUGUAGCCUAUUGAUGUGGUUCUCCAUUACUGUAUGGAUGCUGCUCAUCGGUACUGCUUUAAACCCCAAGAUGAGAAAUGGGAGACACUUCAACCUCACAAUCUUUAAGUGCACCAACUGGGACAGAGCUUAUACACAGUAAAUCUCACACUGCAAACUAAGAUAUAAAUGUAUGUUUUUGAUUCAAAUUUAUUGAAAAAGAGGGAUAUGCCUCUUAAAUUCAGGCAUUUGAGAUGAGAUGCUUCUAUCAGAUUUUUGUCAUUUGCUUCAGUGGAAACUGUGAUUACUGUAUGCGUGUGUAUGUAAGUGUGUUCUGAUGGAAUGGAUCGAAACUAUGCUCUGAAAAAUUCACUAAGGUCUCCAUCUAGUGGCCAACAGAGGAGACUGUGUUACCACUCUAAAGCUCAGGACUUUUAGCUGCAGGACUGCGUCUUUUCACCAGCCAUAGAGAGCACUCAGUACUCACAGAGUCGGAGCUUACUGCGUGUCUGAAGUAUGAAAUUCGUCACGGUCUUCUGCUGCUGCUGCUGCUGCUGUGUAUUUUUCAUAUCAGGUGUAUCACAUCAGUAGGAAAAAUGUAGACACAUUCAGAAUCCAAACCCAUGUUUAUCACAUUUGCUUUAAUGCAAAAAUGUGCAAAGGACUUAAGAAAUUAACUAUACAACUGAAGACACACAAAUUAACUCUUUAUAUACAUAUUCUUAAUGCGUUAACAAGUAACGUCAUCGCAUCCUGUUUGAGAUCUUGCUUUUCUUGCAGUGUGAUUUUAUCAAGCUUCUACUAAUAUUUGAAAAUAAUGUCACAUAAAUAUCUCACACAGAACAUUUCCCACAAUUUUACAUCUGUAACUGUUUUAGGGUUAAAAUCAGGCAGAUAUUUAGUGUGCACUAAACCUGGGUGAUAUGGACAAAAUUUAUAUCACAAUAUAUUGCAUAAUUUUGGAAUGAUACGAUACAAUUUCGAUACCAAUAUAAACAGUAUAGUCACUGCCCUUGUUGUACGUAAUCACACGCUGAUAGAGGUGGACCAUGUAAAAUAUAUAUAUAUAUAUAUAUAUAUAUAUAUAUAUAUAUAUAUAUUUUCCAUAUCCUUUUAGUAGGACCUUUUCACAUACACAGUAUUGAUCACGUUUUGUCACACAGACAAAAUGUAUAAACAGUGGAAAAUUCUGCUAUUUAAAUACUCUUUCGUGCAUAAUACAGUGAUUUUAAUUUAAUUUUCACAACACGUUAUCCAAUUUAACAGGAUUUUCCACACUGUCUGUAAUGUGAGGGUCAGUGUUCUUUAAGCACUGGUGGAGUCCUUGAUAUGCUUAUUACAGAAUAUUGUCAAAAAGAUAAAUAAUCAGGAUACGAUAAACUAUCAAUAUAUUACCCAGCUCUAGAGUAGAUUUAUCAAUCCAGCCCCUUUAUUCAGCAGGGACCUUCUUUACUUUACUAUUCAGUUCCAAAUGUAGCUUUAGAGGAGUGAAAUUUUCAAAUUAUUAUUAUUAUUAUAAUUAUGUUUUCUUUAAGCAAUAACCAAAACGACUAAGAUAGUAUCAGAUCUUAGAUAUUAUUAGUGAAGGCGUAUCGCAGCCGUGCAGCCGAGUUUGUGGACCUAUGCACUGAUUAGCAGCACUGUAUCUGGAUAGUGUGUUCUAGAAGAAGCUCCUGAACGUUCCAGCAAAAAAGUUUAGAGGGCAUUCUGACAUAUCAAACGUACCUCUACUGUUGAGUGGGUUCAUUUUGGCUUGUUUCUGUUGUUAUAGUCUUACUUGAUUAGAUGUAGCUUAGCUUAUUAUGGGCCUUCUUUCCUUUCUGUUCUGUUCAUUUUAGCUUGUAAUGUUUUUUUUUUUUUUUUACUUUUGGUAAAUAUGUAGCCAGUGUAGCUGUUAUUUUCUCUCACAUACAUGUAAAGACCAGAUUACUGUCAAUUAAAUACAGAAUUUCACUAAAUAAACUGUGAGAUGUUAAAGGGGCACUCCAGCCAAUACAAGAUAUAGAAAUAUAAAAACGUUAGCAUUGCUACACUAUAGGUCUGCAUUAUGAAAUUGUACUCCAUAGAUAAUAGAUAUAUAGAUAAUAUAGCACUACUUUGGGGUUUUGCCAAUUGUAGGUGUUAAAUUUCUAUUCAAAAGGAAGUUUUCAGGCGCAGCUUAAGAGUGAUUUUACAUGUUUGAUAAGACUAGCUAAACUCCCUUCUAAUUCCUUAUUUUAAAGGUGGAAGAAACUAGCUGGCUAAUGCUAACAGGAGCUACAUAGCAAAAUGUAAAAAAAAUUACUGUUAGGAAGCUAAAAGAAAAACAUUUUCAGCCAUACAAAGCAUUACAAUAGAUGAAAAACUAAGUUUUUUGCUUUUAUUUUUUAAUUUAAAGUUAAGGUAGCAACCUGGUUGCUUAGAUAUGCUAUCUACCUCAGUUUAGCUUCUUUUUCUCUGACCAAAAUCUAAAAGUAAAAGCUACUGUAUCAACAGUAUUAAAGAUGAUGUAUUAACCUCCUUUCUGAAAGUUGCUAAAUUGUUUUAAACACUACAAAACAAAUGAAGUUUAAAUAUUAAACAUAUCUGUUUGCGAUUUCUGUUGAGCUGUAAGAUUGACCUCUUUUGUUAUCUAGUAAAAGUAAUAAUGUAGUAAAUUUAGCCAAUAAUUACAAAGUAAAUUGUACAAAAUCUCAAAAAAGGCCAGGACAAAAAUAUUAAUUUAGGCUGGAAUGCCCCUUUAAAGCCGAAGACCCUGUUUACACUUGGGUCACCAUACACCAUAUUGCCAAAAGUACUUGCCUACAUUGUUCUUGAUGUAAAAGCUUGGAUGGAGCUGCUUGGCCAUGGAUACCCAGUCCAUGAGUCUCUCUACACUCUACUGUUCUUGAUCUAAUCUGAAGCUACAUGAAGUUUGGAGGUGUGUAGUGAUGGGUGUAGUGACUCUGCAGAAAGUUGGUGAACUCUGUGCACUAUGCUCCUCAGCAUCCUCUGUUAUUUUACACUGACAGAGCACAGAGUCGCUGUCGUUCCCAGUCUCUUCCACUGUGUUAUAAUAUCACUGACAGUUGGCUGUGGAAUAUUUAGUAGUGAGGAAAUCUCCCCAUUCUUUUAGUAAUGUUUGUAGAAGCAGUCUGGAGGCCUGGUUUUAUACACUUGUGGCUAUGGAAGGGAUUGGAACCCGAGUCCAAUGAUUUUGAUGGGUGAACGAAUACUUUUGGCAAUAUAGUGUGUGUAUGACUGGUAUCUGGAUUGUAUUCUGAUCAGAUUUUAGCCACAUGCCCCUUUGUUUUUAUUUUUUUUUUUUGUCAAAUGGAGAAUCUUUACAGAGCGGAUGUGGCUCCAAUACAUUUGUGAUGACCUCUUGCAUUUUUAUUUGUUUUAAACCAAAUUUCCCCUAUUUUUUGUGUGGCUUGGCCUGUGCUGAUCCAGAUAUAACCCUGAUACUACAGAUGUGUAAAUUGAGUGUUUCAAAAUGAGAGCUGCUGUAUGUUUGUUGUUCAUAAAUUCUGAAAGAAUUUCAAAAUGCUAUUUGCUAAACCUUUUUGAUCCAUCAAGGGACGCAUCAAAACUCUUCAGCUUCUCGUCAAGAAUUUAAACUCUUUACCAUUCUCCUAUUCAGUACACAUUGCUCAUGUAACACCACUUUCGCGUGUUGCACUCAGAACUGUACAUAUUGUUUUUGUGGAGUGAUUCUGAUCCUGAAGAAUAUUCUGUAGCUUGAGUACAGAAACAGUACCAGCACUACAGCUCACGAUGGUAACACCCCUGUUUUUUUUUUUUUUUAAAUGUAUAUAAUGUGGCAGAUCUGUCACUGUGUGUGCGCACCAUUGUCUUGUGAAACCUAUUAUAUUGAUUAACAUGUAUUCAUAGUAGCAUCAGUUAUGUUACGCUUUCUAAUCUCUGUUCUGUGUUUUUCAACAUGAAAGCUACUCAUGUAAAAAUGAUGUAAAAACAUAUUGCAAACUGUACAGACGGCACAUACGCCACACACUAUUUUCCUAUCAAGCUGAAAUUGAAAUCUGUCCAGUCUACAUUCUGUUUCAACUCCAGCCAGUCAGCACAGCUGAGGUAGAGGGUUUAGCUCAGGUGGAUUUGAAGGAGGAUGUGGACUGGGUGGAGGCUCUACAGUGCACCAUACAGAAAUAAAUUAUAUCACAACUUAA